AUGCCCAUGGAUACCCAAAGCUCAAUGUGUGCACUUGGAGGUCACCCUCAGCAAACUCCACGCAUUCGGAGGCAACUCAACCCUGGUACAUCAUUGGGUCGACCCCCAAAACGCAAACUUGAGACACUUUCCAACACUCCUCAGAAGCGCAAGUCACCACAAUCACCACGAUCACCACUCAGCGACCUAAACAAUCCUUCAAGUGAGCCUCAUGCUUUCUCAAAUAAUUCUGGGAAAUUAAACCCACCUUCUUUAUCACAAAUGGUUACAGAAGCCACUGAUGUCUCAGGUUCCAAGCAUGUUGCACACACAUCCUCUGGUCUCCCUCCGAUAGACUUGAGUGAUCACGGAGUCAACACAUACCUUCCCUCUACCCCUACCUAUAUCUUGGCAUGCAAAACUUGCGGCUCCACACAGCAACAACAGUAUGUGCAUGCUGCUGGCAGUGAAAGGCUCCGUGGCGUGAAUCUUGUGAUGGCUAUCAUGCACCGGGAGGGAUUGUCCUUAGGAAAGUUCCUAUCUGUCAUUUUUGACUUGCAGAGCAGAAAGGAUGCUUUACUUCCCAGUGCACAUCAGAAAGUCAACAGCUUUCUCAAGGGCUAUACUGACCAGGGAACGCUGUUGGAGAUCAAGCACGAAAUCAUACUCGUCUUUGAACAUGACUUUGGCCGUGACAUGGGAUGCCAGCCAACAUACCACCCACUCCCUCCUUUCACUUCUCAUCCUCAUCAAGAGGCUGCUGGUGGCUUCCCUGCAAGCGCCAAAGGAAUUCAGGCAACAAGCUUCUAUGAGCGUCAAGACUUCAGUGGCGAGGGUUCUGAAAAGUCAUUGAAACAGUACUUUGCCCAGAAAGUACUUGAGGAGGUGGAUCAAGAGAUGACAUUGUUAGCAAGCGACAAAAUACUGAAAGCCGGUGAACAUACAGCACUUACAUGGGCAAAAGUGACCGGCUUUUCCUUCACACAAAUCCAAGGGAGAGUGAGGGAAAAGGCCCCACUACUCUGGACAAUUCUCACGAUGAGUGCAAUUGGAUCAAAUGUGUCUCGCUUGGAAAAGGCCUGUGAAGAUGCCAUUGAGGGAGCAAGAGGCUGUGGAAGCAAGAAUAGACGGGACCCGUGGCUGGGAUGUACCGUAUCCAUUCUCAUCCUGGCCUACUUCCGUUACGUCAAAGCGAACAUGUUACAAACUGUGCUUGGGAACGUACUUUUCACCACCAGUGCUCACUGGUCUCUCCAUUCAAUUCUUGGGCAUGUGGGCCUUGUCACUGCAUACAGCAACACCCUUGAAUGGCUGUGUAGUCUGGGCCAAGAUAAGAAAGCGAUGCUGAAAGCCCUCGGCUGCGCACUUGUGGCAGGAAAAAUUCAAAUCCAUCUUAACAAGCUCGAGAGUGGAACAGCUGCCACUGUGAUUGUACAACGCGAAGUUGAUGGAUUGAAGGACGCAUUUGACGGACCGGAGUAUGAGUGCCGCAAGUCAGAGUCAAGCAACAAAUCUAUCACCUUCAAGAGUCUCAAGGCCGAUCUGAAACCACUCCACCUCGAAGGUGUUGCCAUUGCAAAUAUCCUGCGGAUUUUCCUCAAGUUUAUACCUCACCUUCAAAAGUUCAAAAAAGAUGUCGAUAAUCUCCAAUAUGUGAAAUAUGCGAAGUGUCGCACGAAGCUGCAGAAGACUGAGUACCAUCCACUGGAGUGUUCAGGUUUUAAUGAAGCAUCUACCCAAGGCAACCGUGAUGUCGUGUUGGAUGCCUUUGUUCGACAACUGGGACUGAGCCGUGAUGAAUUGGAGGGAAGGCAGUUCCCGGUGUCUGGGGACCAAGCAACAGUAGCCCGCUUACGCACUCUACUCAAUCAAACAUCACUCUGUCGCUCCUGGUUCACUGCACAUAAAUGGGUGCUCCCCGUUAUAGAGCUGUGGCACCUUAAGUGGGCGUUUUUAAAAGGGAUUUUCAAGGCUCACUGGGCAUCAAAAGUAGGGAAGGGGGAUGUUGGAUUUCGUACUGCUGCUGAGGCACUGGGGUGGAACAUCAAUCCUGAAAAAGUCGAAUUUUACCCAUGCUACCAGCUGGCUGAACUGGUCUUAACAACCAUGACUCUUCAUUAUGCCAGUUUGAUGCCUGUCAUAUCCAUACAAUCCCGACCUCCACUCCGGGCUCCCGGAACUCCGAACCUGACUUCCGGAGUCCUACUUCCCUUCCGUCACCUCCUCCUUGCCGACUCCCAAGAGGUUAUCCCACCUCCAGCUCUGACACCACCUUUGGUCCAACUCCGGGACAUUCCGGGUCCGACCCCAACCUUGACACCUUCCAGACAAGUACACAAAACCUAUGCUCCCGACUCCGGACCUCCACUCCAGAAUCCCAUUCACAUCUCCAUCUCCGGAACCUCCGGUCUUAGCUCCGACCUCGGACUUUGA